AUGCUAAACGAGGUAGUGGAAAUGGCUGUCCAAUGGGAUAAUGUUACAGUUCACUUACCUUUCCCGAUGCCGAGAACGGACUGCCAAGUGCGAUCCAGAACGGCUCUUAAGAUGUUUCAGGCAUUCCAGGACGUUAAGUCGAAGACUGGACGGCCGACGAGAGUGCUGCCUUUUACCCUGGUGCCAACUUGGAUGGCUGAGCCGCGGGCCUCCACUGCGUUGGAGGUGUGCGGAGUUCCGGCCGACCAAGGCAUCAUCGGGGAGAGGAUUGAGACUCGAAUGAAUCAGAAGUGGAAAAUGUACUGGAAAGACUUGGAUCAAUGUCGACAAACGAAGCUUUGGUUCCCGGAGCCAAACACAAGGUUGUCCAAAUCCAUUUUAAGGCUUAACAGAGCGAUGCUGGGGCCUGUGCUUCAUUUUAUCACAGGUCACGGAUGGCUCAACCGUCAUAAAGCAAUUGUUGAAAAGAGUGGGACACCCAGAUGCCGCCUCUGCCAAACGGGAUCAUCGGAGGAACCGGGUCAUCUUUGGAGGAGUUGUCCUGGAACUGCAGAACUAAGAUCGAAACUACGUAUAGUUGAUCCGCUCAGAGCUGGAUCUGUUGAAAGUCAUUCAACCCAAACGGGAAUCGUCCUCCGCGAUCACGCGCAACGUCGCAGAAUGGUCGCUGGCGGGGCGGAUCACGGGGGUGCAAAAGUUCAUUUACCUAGAGCGCGAGUCGUCUCCCACGAUCAACAGCAAUACAGCUUGAUGGUCCACGGAAGAACGGCUCAUGACAACG